UCUAUAUAUAGAUAUCCUUCAUUAGGGUUUGACCCAAAUUUAGGGCUCUUUAAUUCAACGUUGUCCCUUCUUCAUUUAGUCUGUUCCUACUUGUUGUCACAAUUUCCUUAGAAGAAAGAAACACAGUUCAAUUCGAUCUAUUAUCUAUCUAUUCGAUCAUUUUGUUGUUUAAUUCCUUUGGUUUCACAAAUAAAUUAAAUACAUUACGAUGAUGUUGGGUCCAAUUGGGUUGGAGGAAGAGAGAUCGGUAGUGGCGGUGGCCAUCGACAGAAAUGACAAACACAGCUUCUAUGCUCUCCAAUGGACGACCGAUGUUCUUCUCUCUAAAGGCCAAACUCUAACAUUAAUCCAUGUUAAUGAAUCAUCCUUACCUAAACCUAUACCUACUGGAAACAGUGAUUUCUCAAACGGAGGACAAGACCCAGAUGAUCCCUCCACAGAUGUAUUUCUUCCAUAUCGCAUGUUUUGUUCUUCUAGACAGGUUUUUUGUGAUACUGUAUUGCUUGAAGAUCAAGACAUAGGCAAGGCCCUAAUCGAUUAUGUGUCGUUAUACAGAGUCCAAAUUCUGGUACUCGGUACCCAAUCCAAAGCCAAACAUCAUGGCAUUCCUCGAAUAUUGUUGAACAAUAGGAGUGAGGUUGCAAGCACAGUGAUGAAAGGGGCGCCAGGGUAUUGCAGCGUUUACACCAUCGCCAAGGGGAACAAGGUGGCUUCUGCGAGAGAAGCCACCCAUCCAUUGAAAUCCUCGAUGGACAGAAUAUUCCAGAACGUUCCAGAGCGGAAGCUCAUCACCAGCGCCAGUUACAUGUGCCGCUCACGAGCGCCGGACGAGGUGAUUAUCCACACCAGAUUAUCCACCGACAUCUCCUUGUCCGCCACCGCCGCCGACAGUUCGCUUUUGGCUUUCCACCAAAACCUGCCAUCGUCUCCGGGGGCGUCGAGUUUUAGUUCGUACGCGAGGAGGAAGAAUAAUGGGAACAAUUUCACGAGGGGGGGAUUGGUCGAUUCCGGUGAGCAGAAGUUGUCGGCGGUGGACGACGACGAUGAAAACUCGCUCCCAUCUUCGCCGACAAUGGUAAAUGACGAUGUUACGGGAGAAAUGAUGAGAAGAAUAGAGCUUGAAACCAAUCAGACCAUGGAAAUGUACCAUGAAGCCUGUAAACAAGCUGUCCAACAAAAACAAAAGACGAAAGAACUUGAAAAUCUAUGCAAGGAAAUGGAGAAGAAGCUAAGAGAAGUUGAAAGGGAAAAGAUGGAGGCAUUGGCAAUCUUCGAGAAGACAAAAGAAGUUUUGAAUGUGAACAAAGAAAUAGAGAAGAAGAUGGAAGAAGCAGAAAGGGAGAGAGAUGAGGCGGUGGCAAUGGCAGCGAAGGAGAAAGCGAUGAGAAUGGCGGCAACGGAGGAGAUGAAAGCGGCGAAAAGGGCGGCGGAGAGAGAGACGAAGAAGAGGAAAGAUGUAGAAAGGAACAUCACUGCAUUGAGAGAAGCAGAGGCCAGCAAGAUAAUUGUGUUAAGUAGCUUAGCACAAUCCCAUGUUUCCAACAAGAAGUCUCAAAACCUACACAAAAUCCUUAUUGCUUUCAUUGUAUUUUACUUCUAUUUCUUUGAAUUGAAACGAGCCCUCAGGUAUGAAUAAUUCAUUGACAUUGAUGGAUAUUACACUUCCUUUCUUCUCA